UUUCAUAAUAUUGGCUGGGGACGAUAACAUAGAUAUAACAAGAAAACGUUUGUUUAAAGUGACAUUAGCUUGCAUUAAUGUGAUACUAACAAAGUAGCGAUAAAUGAAAGCAUUAGUUUUUAUUUAAUCUUUUAAUAGAAAUUAAAAAUUUAAUUUAGGAACUUUAACGAGAAUUAUCCCUCUUUGUGGAAGAAAUAAUUGCAUACCAGCACUAGAUACAAAUAAGUCGAUGUCAUUAAACACUAAGAUCAGAAUUUAAAUGAUCUUAUAGAAUUGUUUACUUAUUAUCAUGUCUUUUUCAUUUGGCUCAAAUACUACUACACAAAGUACUGCAUUUGGUUCUGCAGCCAAACCCACAUUUUCAUUUGGAGGUACAAAUACAGCAACUACGAGUACAGCCGGAUUUGGUGGAUUUGGAACCUCUACAACAUCAUCAGGGUUUGGAACGUUUGGAGCACCAACAAGCACAGCUACGCCUUUUGGUGGACUAGGUACUACUCCAGCGUCAACAGCACCUAGUUUGUUUGGAGGGACUGGAUUUGGAUCUACUGCUGCUAAACCUACUACAGGUUUCGGUACCAGCAGUUUUGGAACGAAUGCAUUUGGUACUGGCUCAACUUUUGGUGCUGGAACAUCCACAUUUGGUAGCGGCGCAACAAGUUUUGGUACUAAUACUCUUGGCUCUAACACAUUUGGUGGAUCAACUUUUGGUACUGGUUCUACAUUUGGAUCGACUUUUGGCAAUAAACCAGCAACAACCGGUUUUGGUGGUUUUGGGACUGGACUUGGAGGUACCACAGCCUUUGGACAACCACAACAACAACAGCUGCAGCAGCAGCAACAGCAACAACAGGGUCCGACAACUGCUUAUGAGGCAUUAGUGGCUGCUGUGUUCAACUGUUCUGUAUUUGGUGACGAGAGGGAUCAAGUGCUCGCUAAAUGGAACUUACUACAAGCUCAAUGGGGGACUGGUCAAGCUUAUUACAGUCGAAACGCACCGCCAUUAGAAUUGAACGAACAGAACCCAUUAUGCCGUUUCAAAGCAGUUGGUUACUCUAGACUGGGUGGACGAGAGGAUAAGGAUGGACAUGUUGCUAUGUUGUUUAAUAAACCUGAACAGGAGAUAAAAAAUAAUCAGCAAGCAUUAACAAAUUCCCUAUUUAAUUUGUUGGGAAAUAAACCUCAUUUGGCUGUCAAUAUUGAUGCUGUAAAGGCUGUCUCAGAAACGAAAACUCAGGUGGUAGUGUACGUGGUGGACAAGAACGCGGGCGGUUCGCGUGUUGGCGCGACGGAGCUAGGAUCGUUCCUGGGCGCGGGCGCUGCGCGUGCGGCGCUGGCGGGCGCCGGCUGCAGCGCGCUCGCGCCCGCCACAGCGCCCUCUCCCGCCGCGCGUGCGCACUACCUCGCCACGCCGCCGCCCGGUAUGGAUAUGCGGUUAUGGAAGCAAGCUCAAGCGGACAACCCUGAUCCUGAAAAUUACAUCCCAGUACCGAUCAUCGGGUUCACAGAGAUUAAGUUUCGCGCGCGCUGCCAGUCGGAGGAGGCGCGGCUGCAGGCGAGCUGGCUGCGGCGCGCCGCCGACACGCUGGCCGAGCUGCGCACGCGCCGCGCCGCUUCCGCCGCACGCCUCGCGCACAUGACCGCGCGCCUGCACGCGCUGCGCCACACGCUGCUGCAGGUGAUAUCGCGGCAGGAGGUGACGGGCCGCGUGGGCGCCGCGUUGUCGCCGGAGGAGGAGGCGGCGCGCGCCCGCUUGCACGAGCUCGCGUCGCAACUCGCUGCGCCGCCGCUAUACAACGGUCGUCUAAACGAAUUGCUGUGUGCUGUGAGGCUUCAACGUAGUGCGAGCGCGGGCGCAUCACACGAACGUUAUCAUCUUGACCCUGGUGCCCAAGAAGACGUGAAGCAAUUUCUCACACUGCAACAGCGCGGUAUGGCGCAUUUGUUAGACACCGCUCGGAAGGACCUCGCCGCGCUUAACACUAUCGCCGAUGGCAUGUCCCGUCUUGUACGUGCUUAGAACCAAUAUAUUUUUCUACCUUACUGGAUUACGCAUGUCUUACUCAUAUGAAUUGUAUAUUGAGAUUCUAGAAAAUUCGACCCGGAAAGCGCGUUGAAAAAACCUUUGACCUGCAGAAAGUUGUUUGUGAAAUUAUGUUGUUGGAGGGACCAUUGGAAAUUGUUGAAGUAUUUCUGGAAAAUAAAUACUAUUUAAGAAUAUA